ACGAAGCAAUGAAAAAACUCUGUACCUGCAUCCAGUGCAACAGCAAUCUCAUUUGUCAAUUACUACCUGCAUAAAACUCUCCUACCUGUAUUUCUCAGCCAGAAUAGCUCAAAUGGCUAUGGUUUUGCACGAGUGUUCUCCCGAAGUGAAAGUAGAGAUUGACUCCCAAAUAGCGCGACUGUUCUCUGAUUUGAAGACAAACCAGGAGCCACGCGGAUUUAUUGAAAUACUUGCGGAUUCUGUUCAGGAGAAAAACAAGGAAAAUACAAGUUUCCGGGUUAGAGCUAGAAGAUACGGAUUCAUAUGCUGGGAGGAGUUGCUUCAACUUGUGCAGCAAAACGAUCAUUACUGUAUAGUGCUUUACGAUCUCGUAUACACUUUGUCCGGCGGAGGGAACAGACGCAAACUCAUACAAGUUAUUUGGAAGGCAGAACAUGAGACAGACUACCAAGUGCGACUCAGACUGAACAAAUGCAUUCCAGACCGAAUGGUGACCCGACUAAUGGCCGACAACACCACCGAUCUUCGGAACGGCAUGCGAGAACUUCUUCGCAACAAAAGUGCUUUCGCUGGGACACCAUGAAAGUAAAAAACACUUUUUAAUAUGUUGUGGCAAGGCAGCACAGAGAGAAAAUUGUCAAAUUA